AUGGCGUCCAAGGCGCUUCACACCGUUUUCAGAGGGCUUGAGUUCCUUUGGGCUCUGCUAGUCAUGGCCCUCAUCGGCAACAUGAUUGCAACCGCCUACGCCGGCAACCCAAGCAUCGUGAACUAUUCCAUGUUUGUCGCCGUCUUCUCCAUGCUCAGUUUAUUCUACUUGAUCCCUGCGACAAUCAAGGACGGUCUCGGCGUUCCCAUCGCCGUGAUCGCCCUCGAUCUGCUCAAUGUGAUUUUCUACUUCUGUGCCGCUGUCGCACUGGCCGCCUAUCUCGGUGCUCACAGCUGCAGCAACUCGAGCUAUACGCACAGCAACUCCAUCACCAACGGUUCUCGAGACACCGAGAAGCGCUGCCGUGAGGCGCAGGCUUCCACCGCCUUCCUCUGGUUUGGUUUCGCUUGCUUUUGUGCUACUGCCUUCUUCUCGUGGCAGCAGAGCCGCGGAAGCGUCAACAUGCGCAGUAGCCGCGGUGCUCCGUCCAUGAGCCAGGUCUAA